AUGGGGCUUUUGACAACAUAUGAAGAUCAUCUCAUGAAGAAGCAUGCAGCACUUUACUCAAAAAACUGUCCUGAAGGAGAGGUUGAUACGAAUGCAGUGGCUCGUCAGAUCAUCAAGAAAGUUGGUCAUGUGGACUGCCCAGAGUGUCAGAAAGAGUUCAAAGGGGCUCAGUAUUUUCUUCAUCACCGCAAAUGGUGUGGCCGAGAGGAUGAAACUGAGAAAUGUGACAUAUGUGGUCAUGACCUGAAGGCUAUGUGGAUACAUAUUCACAAGCGUUCACAUGCUGCAAAAGAAAAGGCCAAAGCAAGUCAAGAAGAUGGGACAGAACCUUCUAGCAAGAAGAAACGAAAAGCAGCAACAGAUAUUGAGGCUGAUGAUGAUGAUGUAGUAGAAGACAAGGAGUCAAAAUCUAAAAGUUCAAAAAGCUCCACCAGAUUGAUUGCUCACAUUCCUUCAGACAUUUUCAAGGAAGAGCUGGAGAGGCUGAGUGAGAAAGCUGUUACUGAAGUUCAUGGCAAUUUACGUCCUCUCAAAAGUGAUUGGAUACCUCUGCCUAUUAGAUCUGCUGAAGAGUAUUAUCCUCCAAUGCAUGAAAGUUCUAAAUUUUCAAUAUGGAGAGAAAACAGUGGAUCUGAUCCUUCAACCUUGCAAUGGGGAAAAGCAGCUGGAGAUAAAACACAAGCAACAGGUUUCACAGGAGGCCGCAUAUGGGGAAUGGAGUGGUGUCCCCAAGGUCACAGUGGAGUCUCAAGACAGGUGAUUGCUGUGACAACAAUGGCAGAUGUUGACUCAGUUCUUAUGAAAUCACUUUGGGAAGGACUGGGACUCAUACAAUUUUGGGAUGCUGGCACACUAAACUGCAGAGCGCCACCAGACUGUCAUACCUUGGAACUGGCAUUUUGCAUAGCACAUGAUUAUGGCCAUGUUCUGAGCAUGUGUUGGUGUCCUGAAGGUGCCUUUGACAGUGGAAACCCUGAGGAAUCAUUUUUCCAAAGGUUAGGCUUGCUGGCUGCAGCCUGCUCUGAUGGCAACAUUAGGAUUUACAGUAUUCCAGAUGUAAAUCAUUUGUUUUCUGAAGUUUCAAGAGCUGAAAAGAGUAGUGCUCCAAUCUUUAAGCCUCCACCAUCUGAGACCUUGAUUAGUACAGAUUCAUCAGAUUUAGGGCCUUGCCUCAGUGUGUCAUGGCAAAAACAGAAUGGCUGUGAUUUCAUUGCAGGUGGAUUUGCAAAUGGAUACAUUCAUUUAUGGCACUUAAGCACAGCCUCAAAAUGGCUUAGGCGUGCUCCAAAAGUCUUGGCACCCUGUCGAGUUUUCUUUGGCCACCAUGAUGCUGUCACAUCCAUAGACUGGAGCACAUCGGUAGCCACACAGUUUGUUACUGGCAGCUGGGAUCGAAGUGUCAAAGUGUGGGACACAAAAAAUGCAAAAAGCUUCAUAUUUGCAAUGCCAGGUCCUUCUGAGGCAGGAUCAACUAUUGGACCUGUGCGUCAAGUUCUUUUGUCUUCACCCAGCUACUACAACCUCAUUGUUGCUGAUGAAGUGUUCAGCAGGUUGUGCAGGGGCCAUUGUAAAGGGUUUGACUUAAGUGAUGGUCUAACAGACACAAAUGCUUGGAUUCUGAACUGUGAAGCAAGUCCAAUGGCUAUUUCAUAUUCACCCUUGGUACAAUGUUGUGGCAAGUGGGGACAGCUCUGGCACUGUGCUGUUGUCAGUGUGUCGCCCAGUAUUCAUCAGGAAAAAAAUCAGGAAGAGCAUCAAUGCAUGGAAACUUUUCAGCAUAGCUGGUGUGGAUAUGAAAGCAGAUGACAAGACAUCUAAUCCAGAUGACAUCUGGUUUCCAAUCACCGAGAAGGAGGCUUCAGAAAAGCUUUGCAUCAAGUUUGUUGACAAUCAGCUUAAAAUUGAUGGCCAGUAUCAGCCAGGAAACAGAACUGCAACAGCUGAAAUUUUAGAAGGGAUUCCUUUUGCUUAUGUUAACACGGUGUCACUGAACCCCAACCUUCUGUCUAGUCACUGGAUAGCAUGUGGCACUAGAAGUGGUUUUCUACGAGUCAUUCACAUUCCUCUACUGUCAGAACUGAGUGAAACUGCCAGAAAAUUCUUUUCCUAAUACCGUUGGAACACAAAUAAAUAAUUUUUGUUUCCAAUACUUACACAUUUCAUAACACAUUUAAGUUGCAGAAGUCAAGCUGAAGAUGAUAUUUCUGCAAUGAAGGAUGCUGUUAAAGCAUUCAGGAGAAACUAAAAUUUUUAAAGUCAUUUUUCAUCAUUUACUUACAUAAUAGAGUUUAUAUUACAGUUUAUUGGUAGAGCCCCACCCCCACAUAUGAAAGGGAAGAUAAUGGAGAUAAUAUAUAUAUAAAAAGAACUGAAGCCAACAGACAAAAGAAGACAUAUACAUGUUGUCUUAGUAAGUGUGGCAUAUAUUCCAAGUCAUAAGUGCAGAAAUACAAACUGGGGGAAAGAGACAAGAACUUACGGCAGCUUUUUCUGAUUUAUUUGGCAAGUUGUAUAUGAGUGAAGUGAGGCAAUUGUUUCAUAUUCAGUGUAAUAUUUGUUUAUUAUAUAUAUAUUUAAAAGUACUUGAGGAUUGCUGCUAGUUUUUGCAUUGUACAGCCUUUAAUCUGCUUUCUGUUUACCCAAACUCGCAGCUUUUGUUGGCGGCAGGCAGUGGUAUUAAAGGGCAAGACAGUGUAAUGCUAUUUUGCGCUUUGUAGCCAUGGUUGUGAGACAGACAUGCUGGUUAUUUCUCAUGGCGCUGGCUUGCAUUAACGGCUUUAUCUUAAUCAGACACAGAUUGUGCAUUUACAUAAAAUGGUAACAGUGUAUAGCCUAAUCAAUAUUUAUUGUCAUAUGCCCAUAAAUCACAUUGUGAUUCUGUAAAGUGAGUUACUAAACCUUGUAUAAAGAACCUUGUGUGACUUUUAUCCCUUUAUGAAAAAAAAACUGUGCAUGAUUUUAUGUAUGACUUAGCUUACAAAAAGACUAAGCAAACCUUUUAUUAUUUGGCAGUCCUAUCACAAGUGAUGUUUCCUGUACAGAUAGUUUACUUCAUGACAUGCCUGUUUUAAUUAUUUUGUUUUGUCACUUGUAUAAGGCCGACAACAAAAGAAAUUCAGAGAUCGUUUCUGAUAAUCCCACAAGCCUAUUUCAUGACACAUCUGUCUUGCAUAUGUUACACAGAUGUAAUCCAGUGUUUGCGCGCAGCUGCAGAGAAUUUCAACUUUUCAAUAAGUUCAAUAAACUUUCUUUUCUUAGGGUGUUCAGAAAUGGGAAACUUAAAAGGACAUAUUGACCUGUGAAGUCUUUAUACGUGUUUUGAAACGGUACUUUAAGAGUGAGGGUUUGCAUAUUUCUCCAUUGUCGUCACAAAGGCACAAGGAUGAACUGGCUGUAUGAAAUGGUGAUGUAUAGUAGACAUGACUGCCCUGUUUCCUUUAAUUAAUUAAAAAAUAUUUAAGGACCAAAAUGUGUGAAUGGGUGUUAAUGAGUAUUAACCGUGGACAAUAAAUUUAUGGAAGAAAGAAAAAAGGA